GUCACGCCUAUCCGACAGAUGGCGGUAGAGCAUAACUAGCAGUAUCCUGUCGCAUUUGAUUCUCGAACAAGAUUUGAACAGUUUAGCUCCUGAGAAGUUGUUCGUUAUCACGUGGGUUUAGUAAAAAUGCCCGUUGAUACUAAACGUAUCCGUGGACCGGAGGAGUCGCAGUCCCCGCUGCUCUUUCUUUCCCCAGGCAAAGUUCCCGAGGCCAGCAGCAGGCAAGGCGUCCGGGGGAAUGGAGACGUGCGGCCAGUGUUUGCGCGAUGCGGGCUGAUCAGCCAGGCUAAGGGCUCCGCGUACCUCGAGGCUGGGAACACCAAGAUUAUAUGCUCGGUGUAUGGACCGAGAGAAGCUGAACGCAAGGACGAAAGCGAUAUGAAAACCGGUCGCCUUGUUUGCGACUUCAGGCUCGCGCCGUUUUCAUGUAUGAAACGGGGUGCCUGGAUCCAAGGCAGUGAGGAAAGAGAUCUGUCCCAGACUCUACUGGAGAGCUUGCAGCCAGGAGUUUGCCUGCACAGAUACCCGCGCUCUCAGAUUGAGGUUAAUGUCAUGGUUCUGGAGAAUGACGGCUCGAUACUGGCACAUGCGGUGACAUGCGCCUCUAUGGCCCUGGCGGAUGGCGGUAUUGAAAUGUUUGAUGUGGUGUUGGGUUGCACGCUGCGGCAGAAUGGAAGCGCGUGUCUCGUUGACCCAUCGUUCUCGGAGGAAUAUGGGAGCUGGCAGGAGGGCUACGGGGAGGAGCAGGGGUGUGUCACCGUGGCUCUGCUUCCCAAUCUGAAUCAAGUGUCUGGUCUGACUGCGGACGGAGAGAUGCGGGAAGACAUGCUGGCCGAUGCUGUGAGAAGCUGCAUGGACGGCUGUCACAAACUCUAUCCGGUGCUACAGCAAGCUCUGACGCGGGCUGUGAAGAAAAAAGCUCCUCCACCAGAGAAAUAGACUUCUACUUGCCGCGGUCCUAAAGUUGUGUUUUGAGGAAAAUAAAACUAAAAGUGAAUAUAUUGUUUAUGUGCGUUGCUGAUACUUUCUACACAUAAAAGUGCAACAAUGCAGUACAAAUGAAAUACACUUAUCUGCAGUUGCAAAUAUAUUUUCUUUUAUUUCUUCAUUCCACAAGUGUUGCUGGUUUUGUAUGCAGUAAGUAUAUAAAUCCCUGAUUGACUCACACAAAUGUGACAAUUCAUUUGGACUGUGUAAUGAACUAAUUAAAAAAAGGGGGCAUGAGUAAAAGUACAAAUACAAAUUAAUUAAAAAAAACUGGCACUUUUGGAAUGUGAAUAUU